AUGCAUGUCGUACUUUUCACACUGCUGUUACUUCAACUUGGAUGUUGUAAAGACAAAGGAUUUGAACCAAAGGCUGCAAAUGCUGGAGACGAUGUGACCCUGUCCUGUUACAAUGAAAGCCGGGAAUUUGGAACGUUUUUCUGGAUCAAAGUUGUUCCUGGAAAAAUGCCUGAAAUCGUAGGAAAAGGAUACACCAAUUAUGACAAAGAGACCAAGAUUGGUCACUUUACAACCAAACAAGAUGAAGGAAAUUGUAUUCUUCAAAUUGCAAAAGCAAAGCCAAGUGACUCUGCCUUCUAUUACUGCUCAAAAACCAUAGGCUUUAACAUACUCUUUAUGAAGGCAGUGUUUCUUGAAAUUAAAGGACCAGAUUCUGAUCUUUCUGCAGUCGUUCAAAAUUCUGUUGAUCCGGUUUCUGUAGGAGACGUUGUGGCUCUGCAGUGUUCAGUUCUCUCUAAUCUUACAAGUGAAGCAUGUCCAGAAGAACAGAGAGUGUUCUGGUUCAGAAAAACUGAAGCUGAUUCCAACCCCACAUUUAUUUACACCAGAAGCAGCAGUGAUGGUGACUGUGACGGGGGUACAGAGUCUCAGCCUCUGCAGAGUUGUGUCUACAGUUUCUUGAAGAACGUCAGCUCCUCUGAAGCUGGACUUUAUUACUGUGCUGUGGCUGCAUGUGGAAAAAUGAUUUUUGGAAAUGGAACAAAACUGGAUGUUCAAGUUGACAGCACACAUGAAGCCAUGAGCAACAAUAUAUUUUUCUUUCUGUUUUUUGGAACCUUGGUUUUCAGUCUCAUGAUCAUAACAUUUCUGAUUUGUGUCGUGUCAAAAAAAUCCUGCGCUGUCUGCAAAGCCCGUUUGCCGUGUACAGCACAGCCUGAAACAGUCAGUGAUGAACGACAAAACCAGGACAGAAAUCGGAACAAUGUAGUCUAUACUACAGCAGUCUUUACCAAGAAGAAAGCAAAGGGAAGCAAAGGAGCAGCAAAGGAAGAGACCGUCUACAGUGAUGUAAGAGUAUAUGAAUAGAUUCAAGUAUGUAUAACACUGAA